AUGGCACCCUUCGUAUUAGUCAGCCUUGCUAUCUGUUUUUCAGUCGGCCCCAUACUAAGCAGCACGCUCACUUACAUCGAUACCAGCAGCCUAUUCAGAGCGGAAGCCCGAAUUUCCGAGUACAACUAUCGCUGGGAGAAGAUUGCGAGAAUCGUCUUCGAUAUCUUUUCGAUAGGCCUAGGGAUUACCGGACUCGUUGCAAUCGCGACAGAACCCCAUCCGGCAGAGACGUACUCCUGGCUUGACGCAGUCAUUAUGUGUAAUCUACAACUUCUUGCUAGCAAUAACCUCGCCCGAACGCUUCAGAUUUUCAUCUCUCCUCCAUGGAUCAUUUGGGCAGUACAUUUGGUAACGGUCUUGACUAUACUGGACAUCGCUUCCGCUGUUACAGGCAAAAUAGUAUCUUCUGCUUACGAGUCGGCACUACUAACUCGUUUCGCUGCUGCAUCGCUUUUCUCUUCUGCACUCUCACACAAGCAAUUAGGGAUUCACAAGAAUUCAGGAUCUGAGCACAGAGACAAAGAAUAUAUGCGAUUAUUGCAUACAUUCAUCUUUACGAAUGCUGCUGCAGCAUCUAGCCAGUUUUGUGGCGCGCUCUUCAUCUCUAGUUUCUCACUUGCCGAUAGAAGCACUUCCACCAAACUACGGCAAGGCGUUUUUAUGCUAUUAUGUCAUCUCCCUUUCUAUAUCAAUCGGAUACGGCGUCGAAUUAUUCUGCCAAUAGGUGAUUGGACAAGAAGACUGCGCCACUCAUUUGCCUGGAGAUUGGCAGACGAAAGUAAUCUUUAA